GGUUGGUGAAUGCAUCGAGUCUCUCUCUCUCCCCAAUCCACUCGCUUUGCCAAAUUCCUGAGGCUUUACAGACUGCAAAAAGGGGCUCUUUGUACAUGUGCAAUCUGAGAUCCCACAGGGGACACGGAGAGGAUGGUGGAGGCAGCGUAAUAGUAAAACCAGGGGCAAUGCCUGUCAGUUCACCAGCUGGCUGUCACCUCCCAGGCAAAUGUUGGUCUGCAGAGGAUGUGAUCCCAAUUACAGCGAGCUGUAUCACUGGUCAGUGGACAACUACGCAGAGUUCUGGGCAGAGUUCUGGAAGUUCAGUGGAUUCGUUUACUCUCGCAAUUAUAACGAGGUGAUCGACAGGAUGAAGACGGUGGCGGAUUUGCCCGAGUGGUUCAGCGGGAGCCGGUUAAACUACGCCGAGAACCUCCUUCGCCACAAGGAGGAGGACAAGGUAGCUCUGUACGCGGCAGGGGAAGGGACCGAGGAGGUGGUGAAAGUCACCUUUAAGGAGCUGAAGAGACGAGUGGCUUUGUACGCAGUCGCUCUGCGGAGGGCAGGAGUGAACGUCGGGGACCGAGUUUUGGGUUAUCUGCCGAACAGCGUCCAUGCAGUCGAAGCCAUGUUGGCCACCGCCAGCAUUGGUGCCAUCUGGAGCGCAACCUCCCCCGACUUCGGCGUGAACGGGGUCCUGGACAGGGUCUCCCAGAUCCAGCCCAAAGUUAUGUUCUCCGUCGACGCUGUGGUUUACAACGGCAAAGAGCACAACCACAUGGAGAAGCUGCUCAGCGUGGUCAAAGGGCUGCCGGACCUGAAGAAGGUGGUGUUGAUUCCGUACGUGCGGCCGAGGGCGUCUGUGGACCUGUCCAGGAUCCCGCACGGCAUUUUCCUGGAUGACUUCCUGUUGAUGGGGAAAGGCUGCCCGGCCCCACAGCUGGAGUUUGAGCAGCUGCCGUUCAACCACCCGCUCUUCAUCAUGUACUCGUCAGGGACCACCGGAGCCCCCAAGUGUAUGGUGCACUCGGCUGGGGGCACCCUCAUCCAGCACAUGAAGGAGCACAUUCUCCACGGCAACAUGAAGAGCAGCGAUGUCAUCCUGUACUACACCACCACGGGCUGGAUGAUGUGGAACUGGCUGAUCUCCGCGCUCUGUACAGGAGCCUCGGUGGUGCUGUACGACGGCUCCCCCCUUGUGCCAUCCGCUAACGUGCUCUGGGACCUGAUAGACCGGCUGGGGAUUACAAUCCUCGGCACUGGUGCCAAGUGGCUGUCAGUUCUGGAAGAGAAAAAGCUGAAGCCAGCUGAGACUCACAGCCUCCAGACGCUUCACACCAUCCUCUCCACCGGUUCCCCCCUGAAACCACAGAGCUACGACUACGUUUACCAACACAUCAAGAGCAGCGUCCUGCUGGGCUCCAUCUCAGGCGGCACAGACAUCAUCUCCUGCUUCAUGGGCCACAACUUCACGGUGCCGGUGCACAGAGGAGAAAUCCAGGCCCGAAACCUCGGCAUGGCUGUGGAGGCCUGGAGUGACGAAGGGAAGCCGCUGUGGGGAGAGAGCGGGGAGCUGGUGUGUACCAAGCCCAUGCCUUGCCAGCCCACACACUUCUGGAACGAUGAGAGCGGCAGCAAGUAUCACAAGGCAUACUUCUCCCGCUUCCCAGGUGUUUGGGCUCACGGCGACUACUGUAAAAUCAACCCCAAGACGGGGGGCAUCAUGAUGCUGGGCAGGAGCGAUGGAACGCUGAAUCCAAACGGAGUGCGGUUCGGCAGCUCUGAAAUCUACCACAUCGUGGAGGCGUUCGAGGAGGUGGCGGACAGCCUGUGUGUGCCGCAGUACAACCAGCACGGGGAGGAGAGGGUCAUUCUCUUCCUGAAGAUGGCCAGCGAGCAGCCCUUCAGCCCCGAGCUGGUGGGCAGGAUACAGAGGGCCAUCCGUGCCGGCCUCUCCGCCAGGCACAUGCCCGCCCUGGUGCUGGAGACCAAAGACAUCCCGUACACCAUCAGCGGGAAGAAGGUGGAGGUGGCCGUGAAGCAGAUCAUCGCGGGGGUAGAGUUGUUGCCGCGGAAUUCCUUCUCCAACCCACAAUCCCUGGACCUGUACCGCAACAUUCCUGAGCUCCAGAACUUCUGACCGUCCUUCCAUAAGGAAAGCCAGCCCGGAGAGCGCUGUCUGGGUUUAACAGGCCAGCGUUCCCGCACCGGGCAGCAUUUAUUCCCUCGCUAACCACCCGCUCAACUCAUCCGGCCGAUCACAACCUUGUCCUCAGAAAGCCAGCCUAGCAGUAGUGAGGUCUCCCUACAGGAACUCGUCCUGGCAAUCGUUCCCCUUUGUAGAGAGAGAGAGAGAGAGAGAGAGAGA